AGGCUGACACACACGACAACAAGUUGUCAAGUACAGCCUAAGCCAUCGAAAAGCCCCAUCACCCAAACAAGUUAGAAAAGAAACAAAAGAGAGAACUCCCAAACACGAGACGAAACUUCCUCCAAAUCCAAACCCAAACCCAGAUCACAAGCUUCGUACUUGUAAUUCCAUAAGGCAGAAGCCAAAAAAAAAAAAAAAUAGCAAAAACACCCAAAAGGCGAAGAAAGCAAAGCAAAAAGAAUGAGCUUUCAAGAUGUUGAAGCCGGAAAUUGGUCAUCGCAAAAAUCGCAGAGACAAUUCGGCAAAGACACAAUUAUAUCUUUUUCUUCUUCUUCAGAGUCUUCUUUGGCUUCUUCCAUUUUCCAAAUCAACACCGCAGUCUCCUCCUUCUACCGCCUCGUCAAUUCCCUUGGCACCCCCAAAGAUACUCUCCAACUUCGUGACAAUUUGCACAAGACAAGGCUUCGAAUUGGACAGUUGGUGAAGGAUACUUCAUCUAAACUCAGGCAGGCUAGUGAGAUUGAUCAUCAUGCGGAGAUUAGUACUGCAAAGAAGAUCGCCGAUGCUAAGCUCGCAAAGGAUUUCCAACAAGUUCUUAAAGAGUUUCAGAAGGCUCAAAGGAUUGCGGCAGAAAGGGAAACGACAUAUGCUCCUUAUGUUCUGAAAGAAGUUCUGCCAUCCAGUUAUUCAGCGCGCGAACAAGAGAUUAGUUCGUCCAGAGGCCAUGAAGAGCGAACUCUUCUUCUUGAAUCCAAAAGAGAAGAGGUUUUACUAUUGGAUAAUGAGAUCGUUUUCAACGAAGCCAUUAUUGAAGAAAGGGAACAAGGGAUCCAAGAAAUUCAGCAACAAAUCGGUGAGGUUAACGAGAUUUUCAAAGAUCUAGCUGUUCUGGUACAUGAUCAAGGAGUUAUAAUUGAUGACAUCGGUUCCCAUAUUGCGAACUCUCAUGCUGCGACUGCACAAGCCACUACGCAACUCUCGAAAGCUUCCAAGCUCCAGAAAUCUAGUUCAUCUCUGACAUGUUUGCUGUUGCUGAUUUUCGGGAUAAUCCUGCUCAUUGUGAUUAUAAUCGUGGUAGCUUGAGCGGCGAAUUUGAGAUGAGAUUAGAUGAGAUGAGAUGAAGGGCAUACCCAUAUAGAUAUAUAUAUAUAUAUAUAUAUAUAUAUAUAUAUAUAUCUGUAUAUGGUUUUUGUUGGUGGAAAGCUUUUACAAGAGCAGAGCUCCACUGUUAUAUUAUGUGCCUCAGACUUGAGCAGGGCCUGGUCACACGUCAAAAGUUCCUUGAACACCUUGCUCCCCACAAGGCUGUUAGUGUUAUAAAUUGUAAUUAAAUUAUAUACUAGUUCUAAAGAUCCUGUUGCAACAAGAUAACCAAGGCUCUCAUGUUCACUAGUAACUACUUUGGAUCUCCUAUUUUUUCAUAUAUUCAAUAAAUUGUUGAGGAGGAUUUAGUAUCAUUAUAAUUCAGGUCGUAAAA